AAGCUUUGGCAUUAGCAGAAGAACGUGUAAAAAAAUCCAGUGGGCCCUACCUUCAUUGGACGGAGGCCGCACCUCCACUGUUACUCGGUGCCAAACACACUUUAAAUACAGCACCCCGCAUUCUUCUAACCCUUGCCCCCUUUCUCACUCCCUCCUCUUCACACAUUCUUCACCGCACCAACAAACCUUCUCCCUCACACCUUCAGGUUGUGUGAAGAUGGGGGCUGGUGGCCGAACCUUUGUUCCUCCUUCCAACAGGAAAUCAGAAGUCGACCCUCUAAAGCGGGUGCCAUGUGAAAAACCUCCUUUUAGCCUCAGCCAGAUCAAGAAGGCCAUCCCACCUCACUGUUUCCAGCGCUCUGUUCUCCGCUCAUUCUCCUAUGUGAUUUACGAUCUAACCAUAGCCUUCUGCCUCUAUUAUGUUGCCACCCAUUACUUUCACACCCUUCCCCAUCCUCUGUCUUUCCUUGCAUGGCCAAUCUACUGGGCUUUCCAAGGUUGUAUCCUCACUGGCGUUUGGGUCAUUGCUCAUGAGUGUGGCCACCAUGCAUUCAGUGACUACCAGCUGCUUGAUGAUAUCGUUGGCCUUGUUCUCCAUUCUGCUCUCCUAGUCCCAUACUUUUCAUGGAAAUACAGCCAUCGCCGUCAUCACUCCAACACCGGUUCUCUUGAGCGGGAUGAAGUAUUUGUGCCAAAGCAGAAGUCCGGUAUGCAGUGGUUCUCUAAAUACCUUAACAAUCCACCAGGCAGAGUCCUCACACUACUCGUCACCCUCACUCUUGGUUGGCCCAUGUACCUGGCUUUUAAUGUGUCAGGCAGGCCUUAUCCAAGGUUUGCUUGCCACUAUGAUCCUUAUGGUCCUAUUUACACCGAUCGUGAACGACUUCAAAUUUAUAUAUCAGAUGCUGGAAUAGUUGCAGUAUGCUAUGGCCUUUACCAUCUUGCCAUGACAAAAGGGUUUGCCUGGGUGGUGUGUGUUUAUGGAGUUCCUUUGCUAAUUGUCAAUGGAUUUCUGGUGUUGAUUACAUUCUUGCAGCACACUCACCCUGCAUUGCCGCACUACAAUUCCUCUGAGUGGGACUGGUUGAGAGGAGCUUUGGCAACAAUUGACAGAGAUUAUGGAAUUCUGAACAAGGUCUUCCAUAAUAUUACAGACACUCAUGUGGCACAUCACUUGUUCUCCACAAUGCCGCAUUAUCAUGCAAUGGAGGCUACAAAAGCAAUUAGGCCCAUUUUGGGAGAGUAUUAUCGACUUGACGAGACUCCAUUUGUGAAGGCAAUGUGGAGAGAGGCAAGAGAGUGUCUUUACGUGGAGCCAGAUCACGGUACUGAGAACAAAGGUGUAUUUUGGUACAACAAUAAGUUGUGAUGAUUAGUGCUGCCGCGUUUUAAGUUUCCUUUGUGUCGGUUAAGUAUGCAAACCUGCUUAUUGGGAAUAAUUUUGUUGAACCCUAAUGUUGGUGGUAGUAGUGUCUAAAAAGUAGUGUAGCGGUUUUUGUUUGCAGAAUAAGAUAUGGCGUCCCAGAACAGUUUAAUUAUUGCACCAAGGUUUGAAUCAGUGCAUGUACACCAUGUCUCUUACGCUGUUGAGGAAAGCUUAUUCUUGUUCUAGUUUUUUAUUGCAAGCAAUUCGCUUAUUCUGUUCC